CCAAGUGCGCAUGCGCAUUUCUUUUCACAAGAGUAUCCGCCAUAUUAUGUCUACCGAUAGAAUGUGUCAAAUUUGUGUGUCCUAAAAUUCCCUUCUGUGCGUGUUUCCUGCAUCGUUGUAGCUGCCAUGUACCAUAGGUGAUAAAAUGGCUUGUUUGAACACACUGAAGCAGGACAUAAAGGUGCUCGAAGCGUCCUUUCCAAGAAACCACGAACGAUUCCAAGUGGUGGCUGCGUCAGUGGACGAGCUAACUUGUCGAUUUAUUGGUCGCAGUGGGAAAAAAUAUGAAAUCCACGCCAACAUUACAGAGACAUAUCCAUCUACACCACCAGUGUGGUUUUCGGAGACAGAGGAACCCAGCAUCACAAAUAUUGUCCAGAUGUUAACCAAUACCACCGGAAGGGAUAACCAGAUCUUACAACAAGUAAAGAUCUUAGUCAGGGAACUGUGCAAGGUUCACAGUGUUUCGGAACCAGGGGAACUGGACAGCCUAGAUAUAACUGCUGCCGUGCUUCCCAGUGAUAUCCCAAAUGGAAGCUGUUCCCACGAACAAGAGUCUGACGAGGACGGAGACACAGAUAUGGACGAAGACAUUCAUAUUGAGAUGGAAGAAGACAAUAAUUCAUCUGGUAAAGGCAAAGAAGAUGGCCUAAGUCUGGAGCACCAUGCCACAUUGGAGCGGCUUCGGCAAAACCAACGCAAGGACUAUCUUCGAGGGUCCGUCUCUGGGUCCGUGCAAGCAACCGACCGCCUCAUGAAGGAGCUUCGUGAGGUCUACCGUUCGGAGAGUUACCGAAGAGGUGUGUUUACAGUAGACUUAGUAAACGACAGUCUAUACGAGUGGAAUGUGAAGCUACUAAUCGUUGACUCUGAUUCGCCGCUGUACAACGACCUCAACCUGCUCAAGGAAAAGGAGGGGAAAGACCACAUACUUCUCAACAUACUUUUUCGGGAAAACUACCCGUUUGAUCCCCCCUUCAUCCGAGUAGUCAAUCCAAUGAUCUCGGGCGGCUACGUGCUAGGUGGUGGCGCCAUCUGUAUGGAGCUGCUCACGAGACAGGGUUGGAGCAGUGCGUACACAGUGGAAGCCAUUAUAUUGCAGAUAGCAGCAACACUGGUGAAAGGAAAAGCACGCAUCCAGUUUGGUGGAAACAAGGUAACGGGGCAGUACAGCUUGGCAAGAGCACAGCAAUCCUUCAAAUCCUUGGUGCAGAUUCACGAGAAGAAUGGUUGGUUCACACCACCGAAAGAAGACGGAUGAAAGUGGUGUCGCCUGCGGAGGGUUCUCGGAACUGUCCGCAGCUACACUUUUGUGUUUGUGCUUCUCCCAUAGUUUGCGUGCGGAACGACACUCGUAACGGUAGCCAAUGUUCCGGAAGUUCCUCUCCCAGUGUUUCCUUUUUUUUUUUUCUUUCUUUUACCCUCCUCCUACCCCACUCUACUAGAAAGUCGAGUUCCUGUCGUUGGUCGAAUGCGGAUGUACGAUCUGAUCUGUGGUGGUCAGAAGCGGUGUUGUUUUUAGUUUAUACCCACGAAGUGUACGAGGAUUAAAGAACAGUUGUCACCAAG